AUGGAUUGGACACACAAUCUGGUCCUCAAUGAAGAGGUCCUCAAGAGUCUGAGCGACCAGAAGAAGCCUAUAUUUGUCUUCGAAUGGCUUCGGUUUGUGGACCACUCGCUCGUCACCGCAAACAAGAGCGAUAUCAAAGAGUGUCAGAAGAAACUGAUGGACCAAUUGAUUGUUCGUAUUAACGAGCCGUCGGGUCCGCCCACCCGUCGCCUCAUCGCCCGCUGUCUGUCGACACUGUUUACAGUCGGCGACACAUUCCUCCUCUUCGAGGCCAUCAAUAAAUGUAAUGAUAUUCUCAAGAAUAGGGACGACUCGCCCUCAUAUCAACCAAUCAAACUAGCUGCGAUCACUUGUUUGGGAACAAUGUAUGAAAAAUUGGGUCGACUUAUGGGCCGAUCCUAUGAGGAAACGGUGCAACUCUUGUUGAAGUCUAUUAAAAACGCUGAGUCACAAACCCGUUAUGAGAUAUACACGACAUUAGAGAAGAUAAUGGCUGGUAUGGGAAAUGCGGCCAAUUCUUCGCACAGAGAUGUCUACAAAUCGGUGAAACACGGAAUGACAGACCGGGCGAUGAUUGUGCGAAGCAGUGCCGCCCGAUGUCUGCACAAAAUGCUCGGUUGCGCCCAAUUUCUUCACACAACCGAAUUAGAGAAUGUGUUCUCCAUUUGUUUUCGAGCGCUCGACGGCUCCAACUAUGAGGUCCGCUGUUCUGUGGCUCAAGUGUUGGGCACUUUAGUCGCCCAAACACAACAACCGCCGCCUUAUUUGACACAACACUCGUCCAAAACCCGAGUCGUGACGUUAGAGGAAGCGUUAAAUCUAUUGGCCUCUGGUUUUCUUAGGGGCGGAAUCGGGUUCCUUAAGAGCGGCGGAGAAAUGAUUAAAGGAGUGACGGUUAGCCGCGAGACCCGUGUGGGCGUCACUCACGCCUAUGUGGUUGUGGUGUCUGUGUUGGGCUCCCUUUGGCUCGAGAGGAAUAUGUCUGCAUUUCUAACGCAUUUACUCGAUUUGUUAGCCAAUCCAAAGGCCAUUACGUCCCAUAUGGACGCCGUCUACAGUCGGAAAUGUGUGGCGUUUGUGUUGCGGUCAGUACUCGGGCGACAACUGAGCGAAAAGGCACAGUUGCAGGCCAUCAAAGAGUUGGUCAAUAUAUUGAACCGUUAUCUCAACGCCAACGUCAACACCAAUGAAACGAAUUCUGAUAAAAGUAACGGUCCGUCGAGUAGUGCAGCCAAUAAUGCCAAAGACGUGGCCCAGGAUUUACAGCUCGUUCAACACGUAUUGGUUUGCGCUCUCCUCGAAAUGGGUUGUCUUAUACAAGGUUUGGGCACCACUUGCAUCACAGUAGUGGCGGACCCGCACGUGGGCCUCGUCGACACCAUCGCGUCGAUCGUUGUUCACCCGUCCAGUUGCGCGCGACUAUCGGCCGCGUGGUGUCUGCGGUGUAUAGCAGUGGCCGCGCCCUCACAGCUCACUCCACUCAUUGAACGCUCUCUCGAAAGACUGGAGACAUUGAAAUCAAAUCCCGAAAUAAUUAACGGCCACUCGUGUGCGCUGUCGUCACUGUUGGGCGCCGUAUGUCAGACCCCUUUAGGCAUUCCUCACAAUAAGGGAAAACUAAUCUUCAAUAUCGCCGAAGACUUACUGCGAAGCGCGUCGCAGAACAGCCGACUAUCGCUUCAGCGGACACAAGCGGGUUGGCUACUGAUCGGCGCAGUCAUGACAUUGGGUCCGCCCGUUAUUAAAGGGCUUUUGCCGCGACUCCUGCUGUUGUGGAAGAACUCGUUUCCGCGUUCGUCGAAAGAGCUCGAGUCGGAGAAGGCUCGGGGCGACGCUUUCACGUGGCAGAUAACGCUCGAGAACAGAGCGGGCGCUCUGUCGGCAAUGGCCAGCUUUCUCGCCCAUUGCGACAAA